AUGUCGUCGGAACAGACUUCGAAGGAAUCUCUGUGCCCGGGCUGCCAAGCGGAGGAGCCCUUGGUCUUGCCCUGCGGGCACCGACUGUGUCAGUCCUGCCUACAGCUGUGCCAACGUGAACUGGGGGAGGACGGGGCCCAGCCGGGCUGCACGGUGUGCUACGGGCGUGAGCUGCUGGACAGCGUGCUGAAAGGGCUGCUGGACUCUCUCUUCCAGGGCCAGCCUCGCAGGGCAGGGGCGGGAGCAGAGGGAGGUGCUGAUGGGCACGGGGAGGGAGAGGAGAAGGCAGAUCUCUGCCCAGAGCAUGCAGAGUGUCUCAGCCUGUUUUGCACAGAGGAUGAGGAGCUUAUCUGUGAGGAAUGCCGGAGAGACAUACACCUGGAUCACGAGUGUUGUCCCACAACGGAGGCAGCACAGGACUGCAGGAGGGAAUUGAGGUCUGCACUCAGACCAUUACAACAGAAGUUGGAGACUCUUAACUCAGCCAAGCGGGCUUGCCAAGAGACUGCAGAUCACAUCAGGAGGCAAGCCCAGCACAGCGUACGCCUGAUCAAAGAGGACUUUGAGAAGCUCCAUCAGUUCCUACGAGAUGAGGAGACGGCCGUGCUUUUAGCACUGAAAGAGGAGGAGGAACAGAAGAGCCAGAAGAUGAAGGACAAAAUGGAAAGACUGGUGAGAGAUAUAGCCUCUCUACAAGAUAUCAUCAAUACAACAGAAGAGACAAUGAGCUCAGAUGACCUGAUGUUUCUGAAGAACUAUAAGAAGACCUCUGAGAGUACUGAGUGCACAGUGCAGGAUCCAAAGGAAGUGUCCGAAUCUCUGAUAGAUGUGGCCAAACAUGUGGGCUGUCUAAAAUACAGAGUCUGGGAGAAGAUGCAGACAGUCGUUCAGUUCAGCCCGGUCACCUUUGACCCCAACACAGCUGACGUCUCUCUCACCGUGUCCGAUGAUCUCACCAGCGUGCGCUACACGGAUGAAGAGCAACAGAUACCAGAUAAUCCUGAAAGGUUCUGUUACUAUGAUUGUGUUCUGGGAUCCGAGGGUUUCAACAGUGGCCAGCACGACUGGGAAGUGGAAGUGGGUGACAGCAACGAUUGGGCAUUGGGCGUUGCCAAGGAAACAGUGUCAAGGAAGGAGUGGUUCCCCCCAAGCCCUGACCGGGGCAUGUGGACUAUCUGUCUUCACGGAGGGGAGUACAGAGCAUGCACCUCCACCAGCUCUCCACUCAGGUUAAAGAAGAAACCGCAGCGAGUGCGAGUGCAGCUGGACUGGGACAGAGGGCGACUGACUUUCUCUGACGCCAGCGAUAACACCCUUCUUUACAAGUUCAAACACAAGUUCACCGAGCGAAUGUACCCGUACUUCUCCAGCACCUGCAAACGCCAGCCCCUGCAGAUCCUACCAGGAAAGGUGUCUAUAUAUGUGGAGUAA